AUGAGACUCAACGCCCCAGCUCUUCUAUCCCUCUUCGCAAGCUUAGCAACCGCCAACCCUCUGGACUGGCUUGGCAUUGCCUCUUGGGAUGUCGAGGGUUACGCGAAGGACAACCCGUUGGGCAAGACCACUGGAGGCAAAGGUGGUCCUACCGUGACCGUCUCCAGCGUCCCGGAGCUCCAGACUGCCGUCACUGGCGCCGAACCCAAGACCAUCGUCCUCAAGGGCGAGUUCGCUCUACCCGCGCGUCUCAAGGUCGGCUCCAACAAGAGUCUCGUCGGGUACAAGACCUCGGCACACAUCACCGGCAAAGGUGUUGACGUGGUGAACUCGACCAAUGUCAUCUUGCAGAACCUCAAGAUCAGCCAUAUCUUGGACAAUGACUGCAUAACCAUUCGGAACUCAACGAGGGUGUGGGUUGACCACAACGAGUUCACUUCGGAUAUCUCCAAGGGUCCUGACUUCUAUGACGGCCAAGUCGACAUCAUCCGAGCCUCGGACUGGAUCACCGUUUCCUGGAACUACUUCCACGACCACUGGAAGUCCUCUCUCGUAGGAAACGACGCCACAUUCCGUGCCCUCGACUUUGGUCACCUUCACGUCAGUUACCACCACAACUACUGGAAGAACGAGGGCACCCGCGGUCCUGCCGGCCGAUUCGGUCACCAGCACAUCUACAACAACCUCUACGAGGACUUCCUCUACCAGGCAAUCCACUCACGAUCUGACAACCAAGUUCUCGUCGAGGGCAACGUCUUCCGGGGCAACACACGCGAGGCGCUCAGCACGUACGGUCUCGUGAUUCCCGACGACUCGCCUAAUACCUGUACUUGCGGCGAUUAUGAGCUGGAUGGGUUUGCCAACCUCGGUGCUCGUAACGAUUGGGGAAAGGCUGGCGUGAACAUCACCCAGAAAGGCGACUUCUAUAAAGCUCCUUACAAGUUCAAGCUGACACCGUUGCCUUUGGUAGCGCCUAUCAUCAAGCUUGGAGCUGGUAUUGGAAGAGUCUGA